AUGGACCCCUCUAGUAUUCCAGGUGGCAGCGGUGGCUACGAGCUGCACCAGAAGCUGCGCACGAAGACAGUCCGCCUUCUUCGUAAGAAGAAAUAUGAGGAGGCGAUUGAGACGCUGUACAGCGGCUCGAUGCAGCUUUUGGACAUGAAGGAAGAAGGUAGUGCCUGUGAUCUGGCAGAGUACCUGCUGGAUGUGUAUACACAAGCAGAUGUGUCUGUGACAGACGAGUCGCGUGACCGUAUCACAAACAUUCUAGGCAAGACGACGUCACCGAUGUGGCGUAAGAAGACGAUCGCAGCAGCGAUCAAGUGGUCGACAGCCAAGGCAAAGCACCCUCUGGGUGACGAGAAGCUGCGUAUCUUCUUGGCUGACCUACUUCGUAAAGAUAAGCAGUACUUUGAUGCCGAGGCGCAAUUCAUCGCAGCGUGUGCAUUCAGCAGUGCCCCGGCCAAGGUGUUUGCCGAGAUGCUUCUGCAAUGGAAUGCAGAGUAUGCCGAGGCGCUUGCGGAGACAGACCCAAACAAGCCAAGUAAGGAUUCGGUGGAGCGUGUUCUUACUGGUACCUUUGCCUUACGCGGUUGGAUUCCGCUGCUGUUAGUGAAUGCUCCGAAGAGCGCAGAUGAGUUCCUCAAAGCGUAUGUGCAAGGUGCUACGCAGCGACAUUCUACGCUGCUUCUCCCUAUGAAGCCUAACCCGCGCGAAUACAAAUCGCCCGCCAAGGCUUCGACGCAUGAGACGACUAUCUACAUGACGGCCAGCCCGGCGCUCAACUUUUCGCAAAAUGCCAUUGCAUUGGUGAUGGAUGCGGAUGGAAAGAAGCCUGUACCUGAUGAGAUGAAAGUAGCGUGGCAGAUUCUCAUGCGGCAAUUCCUGCAAGAAGGUGGUUUGAACGGUUUGGAAUCGGUCUUGGAGCUUCUCUCGCAAAUUUCCACGCGUUACUUUGACUUGGAACCACCUCGCCGUCAAAUGGACAUGAUUUCGAGCAUGUUUUCGAGUAUGAUGGGAUCGGGCGGUGCGAGCGAGGCAGCGGAUGCGAAGACAGCCGUGUCGAUUAAGCAACUGCCACGACCUGCUGAGCCGGAGAAAAUGAAAAAAGAGCAUGCUUCUGCCUCAUCUGCCCCAGCAGCAUCGGAAGCGGAUGAGCUUGUGGACGACGAAAUGGAUUAA